GCUCACAGGAGAACUCAAUCACCAUCUGGACUAGCGGUGGGACAGGAGAGGGAACAAGGGGUGAUCUGCACCUGUCCCACAAACACACUCCCUCUCACACAUACACACACACACUCGAGGGAGAGAUCAGACGGCUCUAUGUGUGGCUGGAACCAAAGUCUGUCGGCGGCCUCUCAGCAUAGCUCUGUCAUGUUGUCCACUGAGGGGGCUCCCCACACUGCUGAUCAGGUGGACCCAAAGAUGGAGGUGGAGGACGCCGACAUGUCCAAAUGGACGGAGGCUGAGUUUGAAGAGAAAUGCACCUAUACAGUGAAGGACCACACGUGGGACAGCCCACUGGAGAAGCCAGAGCUGAACCGGGCCCAGGCCUCCCUACCCCGUAACCUGGCCUUCAGACACUCGCCCGACUCCAAAGAGGUAAUCGGCGUAGUGAGCCGAGAAUACAUCCCCAAAGGCACUCGCUUCGGCCCUCUAGUGGGAGAGAAAUACACCGCAGAAAAUGUCCCCAAAGACGCCAACAGGAAGUACUUCUGGAGGAUUUAUGCAGAAGGCGAGUUCCACCACUUUGUGGACGGCCUGGACGAGGAGAAGAGCAACUGGAUGCGUUAUGUGAAUCCAGCCCAUUCGCAGGAGGAGCAGAACUUAGCAGCCUGCCAGAAUGGCAUGAGCAUCUACUUCUACACAGUGAAGGCCAUCCCAGCUGACCAGGAGCUGCUGGUGUGGUACUGCUCCGAUUUCGCCCGCCGACUCAACUACCCUGCCUCAGGAGAUCUCAUGAUGCAAAAGCUCAAGCAGAGUCUGGCAGAGGCAAAACAGCAGGUAUCAGAAGAAAAGCCUGUGGUGAAGAGGGAGCACACAGUCUCAGAGAUCCUGAAAGACACAAGGAAAGAGCCCGCCAGGCCUCUACCGACACGGCCUCACUGUCCAGCCAGCCCUGACCGACACCUUUACCACCGCGUCAUCUACCCUAUUCGUCCACAACCUCAACACCACCAUCGAGAGGACUUCAUAAAGGCUGGCCAGACCAUCUGCUUUGCUACUCGCUCACCUGGACAAUCUUCAACCACGCCCAGUCCAUCAGCACGCAGCAGCCCUGAAAUCAGUCCUGGGAGCAGUCCUGCACCACGAGAUCCCAGGGAAGCCCUGUCCACCCUUCCAUCAUCACUCUACAGAGGCAGUUUGGGUCAGUACCCAGGCUACUCCCCACCUAUUCCCAUUUCCUCCUUCUACCCUAAUCCACAUUAUCUUCACUAUUCAAUGAAUGGGGCUCCUCCAAUGGGAAGUGUGUUUCCUCCCAUGUAUCCCUUCAUCAACGGCUUGCUGCCCCCUCACAUGCCCCACCCAUCUGCCAUUCUUCCUCCUGAGGGAGGCCGUCAUUUUCUACUGCCACCCUACAGGGAUUUUCUGAUCCCACCACCCAAGAGUGCCUUCCCUCGAGCAAUGACCCCAAAGGACAAGCCCCCACAUGGACACCCUCAUGCCCCUGCCAGCGGUUCCCCCACAGCUGGCUCUUCGGCUACCACUGACCAGCAGCCUGCCAACCCUACCUCAGCCCAACCGGGUGCUGGACGCUCAGAAGACGAGGCAAUUAAUCUCAGCAAGAUGAAGCGAGGCCCAGCAGGCUACAAGACUCUGCCAUACCCACUGAAGAAGCAGAAUGGCAAAAUCAAGUACGAGUGCAAUGUAUGCAGCAAGACCUUUGGACAGCUUUCAAACCUGAAGGUGCACCUGCGAGUCCACAGUGGCGAGCGUCCCUUCAAGUGUCAGACUUGCAACAAAGGCUUUACCCAGCUGGCCCACCUGCAGAAGCACUACUUGGUACACACAGGAGAGAAACCCCAUGAGUGCCAGGUGUGCCACAAACGUUUCAGCAGCACAAGUAACCUGAAGACCCACCUGCGGCUGCACUCAGGUGAAAAACCCUACCAGUGCAAGCUGUGCCCAGCCAAGUUCACACAGUUCGUCCACCUCAAGUUGCACAAGCGGUUGCACACACGAGAACGCCCCCACAAGUGCCCACACUGCCACCGCAACUACAUCCACCUCAGUAGCCUUCGUCUCCACCUGAAGGGCUACUGCCUGGCUGCCAUGCCAUCUCCGUGCUGCAGCCUGGAUGAGCUCAAUCGUAUUAAUGAGGAGAUUGAGCGCUUUGACAUCAGUGACCAUGCUGACCGGCUAGAAGAGAUCGAGGGCGUGGAUGUGGAGAGGCUGGUGGAGAAACAGAUCUUUGGUCUGCUCUUUGGCCGUGAAAUGGACCUUAAGACCUCAUACCAUAAAGGCAGUGAUCUUCCCCUGCCACCUCUUUCCAAUACCUAUGGUCUAUACGAGCCAAGCAGUGAGACAUCAGUCAUCAAACUCUUGCCUGUCAAGGUGAAACAAGAGACUGUGGAGGCGAUGGAGCCUUAGCCCCAGCUCUAGCACACACCCACUAAAAGACAGGCUGACCAUCAGCUUCAACUCCCUGGGUCUAAGCUGUGAACAGCCACAGGUGUAAAUAAUCCUUCUCAUAAAGAGCCAGGCUCAGGCCUUUGUCUUCAGGGACUUACUGUACUCAGGGCUAAGAGACACUGUUGCAGGCUGCUAGCGGUCCAAUGUGUCCUACACUUACUUUAGGGACAAUCAUCUACUCUUAAUUUCCUAGUAAUAUUAUUGAUGUUGUUGAUGUUUGUUAUUGUUAUACUUUAAUAAUAUUUGGUUCAGUUUAGUAUGAAACCUUCUUAAUUUAUUGUUCAAUUUGUUAUCCUUCGAAAACAAUUAUGUUUACAACGACUGGGUAAUUCAUUGUAAUUGGAUGUUAUGUAUAUUUUUUUCUCUUUUUUGCCAUUCUUUUGUAUAUAGUUUCUUGCGGCCUGCAUUAGUUGCGUGUUUGGCUUCUGAUUAUGAUAAUGUCUAACAGAAACAAGGAACUCACCUUAAUUCAGGGUUUUAAUUCUUAAAUGCAGGCUGGUAUUUAAAAAACAAAAAGGUAGCUCUUUUUGUGGAAGGCUAUGGUGGAAUUUAAAAUUUUGAAAUUGUUUCAAAUGUUAGGGGAAAAAAUUGCUUUCAGAUGAACCACCCGCAGGCCUUUCCAUAAUCUCUGCAGAGCACUCUUCAGUGUACCGAAAAAAGGGCAUUUUAUAUAUUUUCAACAAGUUACCUCAAAUUAUGAGUGUGUGUGUGUGUAUAUAGUCUGUGUGUGUUCUGAAGGAAGUCAGAGGCAUAUAUGAUAUUUAUUGCUUUUCUACUUGAAGAAGAAACCAAAUGUCUUGGAGUGCAGCUCUCCAUGUGGUCCAAAUGAACAGGAGUCUGCUCGCAUGUAGCACACUGGCUAUGAAGCUGAGAGUACUUCUCUAUUCACUCACUAAUUUUUCCAGAACAAUACUGAUACCAAAAGGGGGGGGGGUGAAAAGGAAUGCUGAGCUAGUUACCAAAGUUCAAUCAUUUAAAGAGCAAUGCGUGUCUAUGAUGAAGUGUUAGUUGCUCUUUAGCUGUUGUCUGUUCUGUACAUUUUUGUUGUUGUUUGCCCCUUUUGCGCUCAUGGAUGGCACAAACCAAAGCGCCUUGGUCUUUAUAUGCACUGGUUCUUUUUCAUUUUUUGUCCUCUAUGUUUUCUUUUUCUUUUUUGUACUCAUUUUAGACAUAGUUUUGUCAAGCCCAGCCAUUAAGACUGUCUCUCCUUAAGGCAAAAGUAUGUGCCGUGAAGCAGUAGCAUCUCUUCAUUUCUCUCUCCUGAACUAUGACCAAAGUCUUCCCCACAUCUUCAGCUUUAAACUAAAUAUAAAAAAGACAAAACAAAAAGAAACCCAUCUGUCUCUAUGUUUACAUACUGGUUUACAUAGUUAUUUAAGUACAACUUGUUAAAAUGUAAAUUAUGAUAUAAAUGUUUACUGACCUAA